AUGGAGCAGAAUCAGUUCGUCAAUCAAGCUUGUUGGCGGGACUCAGAAAUCCAGGUAUUGCUCGACUCAAUGCUCCGCGAAGCCGGCGAAGGUGAAGGUUUGAUGUACCUUUAUUCGGCCUUUAUAGUGAUUCGAGAGGAGCUCAUUAGCGGGAGCGGUGCUUCGGUUUCGUGCCAGGAAAUAGCCGAUAAGUAUAAAAGCUUGGGAGUAGGCUACCUCAACUAUGUUCAGAGUAAAAAGAUAAGGAUAAUCAACGCUCAUCUCAGCGCCAGGAAUGACGCUCAUCUGCGAUGUUUCUCAUCUUUCAAUGAGAAGGGAUCCACGGAGGAGAAGAACCUCUCUCCACGACCAAUCCUUCCGUUUUUCCACCAGCUCAACCUCCUAUUUGCAAAGCCCACCGAUUUAGACAUAUUUAAUGACGAUAUCGAGAUGGUCGACCACCCCUCAAAACACGCUUCUGAAGGACCACAACAAAGGAACGCAUACAUACACCCAGGGAGUAAUUUGCCAUCCAGUAAUACUCUACCUUGGGCUGAAGAAACGAAGAAAGAACGCGCUGUUACAAUCCUCACGGACGAUUAUUCCGAUAUUCUCGACGUGGAGGAGAUGAACGAGUGCCUCAUUAUCCUAGAGGACGAGAAGAAGGCCACAAUCAUUCUUGGCAUUACGAACUCUAAGCUCUGUAGCCUCUGGCUUAAUAGACAGGUUCUGAUGGCUCGAAAAACAUAA